AUGAAUUCAGCCUAUUUUACAAACAACACUAUUGUGCAUCCAAAAUUCUUUUUCAUAAGUGGUUUUAAUGGUAUUCCCUACACAGACUACUACUAUGUCUUCUUGUGUUUUGUUUAUUCUGCGACUGUACUGGUAAACACUUUUGUCAUGUUUACGAUUUACACUGACCACUGUCUUCACAGUCCAAAAUAUAUUGCAGUUUUUAAUUUGGCUGUGUCUGACUUGUGUGCUAGCACUGCACUCAUUCCUCAGAUGAUUGACACCUUCCUGCUUAAAUCACACUUAAUCUCCUUUGAGGCCUGCUUGACAAACUUGUUUUUUGUUUUUUCAUUUAUCGCUAUGCAGUCUUUCACUCUAACUGUUCUGUCCUACGACAGAUAUGUUGCUAUAUGCUUUCCACUGAGAUACAAUGAGAUUGUGACUAAUAAAUCAAUAUUGGUCAUCACAGCCAUGUUAUGGAUUUUUGCAGUAAUGGCUAAUCUCAUAUCUGUGAUGUUCAUUAACACACUGUCAUUCUGCAGAUCCACUGUGAUAACCAGUUAUUUCUGUGAUCAUGGGCCCAUACAUCAUUUAGCGUGCAAUGACAACACUCCAAGUGCUGUGAUUAAUUGGACACAUCCUGUUAUAACUCUUUGGUUUCCCGUACUUUUUAUCACAGGUACAUACAUUUGUAUAGGCAGAGCAUUGUUAAAAAUUUCAGAAGCCUCAGACCGCCUCAAAGCCAUGAAAACCUGCACCUCCCAUUUGAUCCUGGUGAGUGUGUUUUACCUUCCUAUAUGUAUCACAUAUGGAAUGUGCUCUUUCAUUGAGCUGAACGCAAGGAUUAUUAGCAUGUCUCUGGCAACCAUCUUGCCGCCUGUGCUGAAUCCAAUCAUUUACUCUCUGAAGACAGAAGAAUUCAGAGAAUCCAUUAAAAAGCUUUACAGAAGAAGAUGCACUGCACAGAAAAAAUGA